AUGUCUACUGCCGACCCUUUACUGUUACUACGCAACUCGCUCGCAGUCUCCAAGCCUCCUCAACUGACAACGACGUUGAAUCCCGACGAAGCAGUCGCAAAUACUACACAGUCUUUCGCGGAGGCAAGCCACCUCUAUUUCUCGUACCCAUCACCGCAAUGCCUGCCCUUAACGGCACCUACACGUUUCACCUCGACCACGCCAGAUACAGUACAAGUCGACCUGCGAAGUAUAUACUUUGCUUGGGUACAGAAAGAUGUAACCGUAUCUGAUUACAUCGCCUCUGCACAGGAGCUGAAUGGACAACUACCCGAUGGUCAGAGGAUACGGAAUUUGGUAUUCGUGGAAAGAAUAGAACUUAUGACAUGGCUGGAGGGUGCAUCAGACGAGUCUGAAUAUAUCAAACCGGUGGAAGGCGCUCCAGGCACAGACACUGCCGCUGCUAAGGCUGCCGAAAUCGCUGGAGGAGCUGGCGUCCCUGUACAGCCAGGGACAGGCGCAACGACAACACAGCAGGUCGGAGGGAGGACAGUAAGAGUAGUGGACUCGCGGUUGCAGGCCAUAUAUAACGGAGAGCGCAAGACGGCUGAUCACAACUCCGUAUUACGCGGCAUAAAGCCAACAGACUUCUCUCACGUUCGCAAACAUGCAGAACUUUUCCUCGGCCGCCGCGGCGCAAAAGGCGCACCAAGCGCGCGUCCGGGUCAAUCAGCCUCCAAGGCUAUAGCAGCACGGCCAAUCCCACCUGCGAAACCAGCUCAGUCGAAUGUAAACAGCAAGCGUUCAGAUCCUAUCAUUAUGCUAUCACCAUCCGCAUCGAGUCUCCUCCGCAUGUCAAACAUUAAGUCGUUUCUCGACCAGGGAGUUUUCGUUCCACCAGAUCAUCCAGCUCUCAGCUCGCAAAUGACCCCGAAUAUCUUACACGUUACUCGAACUCUACCUUCCCUUUCUCCGAAGCCUUUCAGGUUCAUCCUAGUCGAUUCACCCGAUCAGUUCAAGCCAGAGUAUUGGUCUCGUGUCGUCGCAGUUUUCACCACGGGACAAACUUGGCAGUUUAAGAGCUAUAAAUGGCGCGAGCCACAACAGCUAUUUGAGAAUGUCUUGGGUGUAUAUGUCGGCGAGAAAGGCCUACCUCUUGCAACCGAGAUCAAGGGUUGGGGAAGUGCGGUCCGGAAAUUCGAAGUAGAAAGAUGGGACGAGAGAGCUCACGGGGUCGGGGUAGAUAUGGAUCAAAGAGCGAACAGGAGGUGGAGAGAUAGGGAGACUGUGGAAGAGCUGUGGAGAAGUAUUGAAAACAAUAUGAAAUCGAAAGGAGACUGGAAUAGAUGA